UUUUUUUUGUUAAUUUUUAAUUAUAAGUAUUGCCAAAAAUUUGCCAAUCGUUUAUUUUUUGGGGGUAUAAAAGAUUGAACAAAUUAAUUUAUUUUCAUCAAUCGUUUAUUACUUUUGAUACAAGUCAGAUCUUAGUCCAAGCAACUGUAGAAAUGGAUUUCGCUACCGCUCAAGAAAAAGCAAAGUCUUUCACCAAGAAGCCAAGUGAUGAUAUUUUCUUGGAAUUCUACGGACUUUACAAACAAGCCACAGUUGGUGAUUGUAACAUCAGUAAACCAGGUGCAUUGGACUUGAAGGGCAAGGCUAAAUACGAAGCAUGGAACAAGAACAAGGGCAUGUCAGCUGAUGAUGCUAAGGCCGCUUACAUCAAGGCAUACGAGAAGUAUGCUCCACAAUACGCUUAAAUAUUUAUGAAAAAACCUGUUAAGACUGCCAACUAUGUUGGAAUAAAGACUUUUUGAUUUGAUUUAUAAAAAA